UGUUGGGAGUUCAUUAAUCUGUCAAAUAACUUUUGAAAAAUGUAAACAUGCUGUUCCAUUCUAACGAUCACUUGGGCAUAAAUAACUUUAAAGUGCAGAAUAUGUCAACGAAUCGUAUAGAUCGAUUCUGACCAUGUCGUUUUUCAGACGGAAGCUCAAGGCAGAGGUCCCUGAAGCACUAGCUGUUUCACAAGUGGGCUUGAAGCGAACUCCAUCAAACAGAAGUAAUGCUAGUCCCAAAACACCGGGAUCUGCGGACUCUUUCUUCAAUGGUGACAUUGGUGUUCCUGAUGCCCUGCUAACUUCAAGGCCAACUCAACUUCUACUCAGUAACACUGAUAACCCGAGUUCAUUUAAUGGACAACUGAAUUCUCCAAUGAGGACAUCAUCCCGCCUGUCCAAAACAUUGCAGGAAAUUCUUCACGACAGAAAUGCUGUUACUUGUUUCCUUGAAUUCCUCGAAUCACUCAAGGCGGGACAUCUGCUGAAAUUCUGGUUAGAUGCAGAAAGUUUCCAUGCUUCAUCAGUUUUAAGAAUGAGAUCCCGCGCCAUAAAAGGCAAAAGUUCCAGUGUUGCUAAAAUGUCCCAAACUGAUUCCCCAACCACUGAAAUUUCCAACAGUUGUGCAGUUCAAGAAAGCCAAGAUGCUAUCAAAAGCAGAAAUGAAAAUGAUUCCGGUUUUCCAAAAGAUAAAGACUCCCUCACUGCCAAGUUUGAAAAGGAAAAACAUUGUACGCUUUCAAACCAAAGUUCUGCUAACCCAGGUGAUGUACAUAGAAAUAGAACUUCCAGUAGUAACAGUCUAGACAAUUCCAGUCCAGCACUUGUGACCAACUUGAGUGAUGAGCAUAAGGGUAGGACCUCCAGUAGUGGUAGUUUAGAGAACUCGAACCAGCACAAAGAACGGGGACCCACUGACAGUGAGUCGGUUACCAAUAACACAGAACCUACUGCAAAGAAAAAAGUCCGACCUCAUUUAUCAGAAGAAGAACUUCAGCAGAAGCUUAGAGAAAAUGUACAAAGAGAUGCAGUAACUGUUUUCACAAAGUAUAUUUCUCCGGAUGCAACACACCCUAUCAAUGUCACUGAAAAGCUGAGAAAUAUCACAAUAAGUCGAAUUUGUAAGGAAGAUGGGGAAGUUGACCCAUCAAGUUUUGCUGACUGUCAGCAGUUUGUUGUUGAGAAGAUGAACACAGAGUACUACCGGGGCUUUCUAGACAGCGUGUUCCACUGUAAACACCAGGUGGAUGUCCUGACAGGUGGGAAGGUUUACCUGGCGGACUUCCUCUACAGCGAGUUUGCCCUCUCCUAUUUCAUGGAGUUUAUGGAACAGGAAGGUGGGAGUCAACUGCUACAGUUCUGGUUGGCGGCUGACAACUUUCAGCAGCACCUGACUACUCAGCGGGGCUCGUAUGAUGGAAUUCAGGCCCAGAACGAUGCCAUGAUUCUCUACGACAAGUAUUUUUCACUUCAAGCCACUGAACCUCUUGGGUUUGAUGACAAGACGCGUUUUGAGGUCGAGGGAAACAUCUGCAGAGAAGCUGGCCCACUUCCCGACUGUUUUGCCAAACCAAGAGAUAUAGUUCUACAUACUCUAGACAAGGUAUAUUUUCAAAAUUUCAUCAAGAGUGAGAUGUAUUACAAGUUUCUGUCGGAUCUCGUCACCACUGUUCAAGUGUCACAUGACAUGCCACUGAAACCUAAACACAAAAGAGAAGCGAGUGAUACGUCGUCUCAACACAGCGGGAGCAGUGGCAGUCUCGGAACAGACAGCCUUGGGUCGAAGAAUGCACAACAAAACAAGAAAUUGUCUAAAAACACAGCUGAUGAUAUGAGGUUCGACGCUAUUUUACUUAACCCUGACGAACUCUGGAAGAGACCAGAUACUGGGCCUAUGUCUUUAGGUGAGGUGAACCAUCUUGGCCAGUUCAUAUCCCAGCUUGCUCCAGUGCCCGAUCAAGAUAAAAAGAAAGGUCGAUUUUUUAAGAAGAGAGAAGCAAAGAGAAAGGAGGAAGAAGAGAUGGCUUUGAAGAUAGCGGAGAUGAUAAUUAACGACGUGAAGACAAUGACACAAACAGGUGAUAUCUGUGCUGGGCGCGCGUCGUCAUAUUUGGACAGCAGUCCCAGCGCCAAUAGUGGGCAGACAGUACCAUCGUCAAGUCAUCAGCCCGGUGCCAGUUCUUGACAGUGACUGUAAUAUUUCUGAGGAGGUAAUAAUCAGCUUGGUGCCAUAUGUGAAUUAUAUGUAGAUUCUUCAGUCUUCCAGAGAACAGUUUUAGACAGCUAGUAAAAUGUUAUGACUUACAAAGACAUUUUAGUUUAUGUAAAUUUACCAGUCAUAUACCUAACCCAGGGAUCAUAUAACUACAAUAUAGCAGUCUGAGCCCAUGCUUAUAAAACUUUUAGAGUCCAGAUUCAAUCUGUAAUAUCAAUUUGUAUGGCGUUGUCAUGACAUUAGUAUCUCAGACUCUGGAGUCUAGACUCUAAAAAAUUUAUAAGCACCAGGCCUGGUCUCAAUGCUUAUAAAUGUUUUAGAAGUCUGGACUCCCAGACUCCAUGCUUACAGAACUUUAGUACAUACCCAGGGCUUUAAUACAGUCUCGCCCAUACAAAUGACAUUUAGUUGUUUUCAAGGCCCAUGCUACGAACAGUUCCAGAACUGAUCAGAUGGUGCUGGCAGAAGGCAAAUAUUUUGGAUGACCAUUAUCCAUAAAAUAAAAUUGUAUUAAAUCAAGUUUUAUUAAAUUCCCAUUAUAAUCAUUACAGUUUAAAGGCAUCCCAUUGAUUCAGCUGUAACAUCUGAGUUUGUUCUUUACUCAAUCAGGGUAUGAACAAACAAAAAGUAAUGGAAAACAUUUGUGUGAACAGCCAAGCUGAAUCACAGAGUUUACAUGCUUUUUUUGUUUAUAUCCUGAUAAACCUAAACCAAAUAACAGACAAGUCGUUAAAUGCAUCAAGACUAUAAUAUUUCAGACCCAUCAAGUAUGAACUAAUAGUUCCAGUGCCUCUCACCUCUGCCAUGUGAUCAUUCUAGAACUUUUAGUCCACAGACAAGACUUGUACAUGUACCUAUAUACAUUUAGUAAGCCACUAAAAUGAUUGAUUGGAUUAUAGCAAUCCUGGCCUGGUGCUUUUAAAACUUGUAGACAUGACAAUGCCAUACAAAUUCUAUGUAUUUUACGUCAUUAGAGAUUCAGUCUGGACUCAGUUUUAUAAGCAUGGGCCUAGGACCUUUAAGAGCCAACUGAUGUUACUGUCUGUGGAUGUGGAUACUUUUUGACAUGCUUCCAUUUUUAGAACUGUUCAAGCACGCCUGUCAUGGGCACAAUCUCUGACUUCAACAGAGAGUUCUGUCCAAGAUGGGGUGUUACUGUCUGAGACCUAACGUAAUAAAGAUGGCCUCGGUCUGAAUAAAAUUUUAUAAGCAGGAGUACCGGUAUAAAUUUCUUCCACAAAUUGCCAAAGAGUUUAUAAUAUUAAUCAUUACUUAGUUUUAGUUGUAGUUAAUGUUUGUCUCUGCUGUAUGAAGUAAAAGUAAAAAAGUGAGAGACAGGUAUUACUUUUCUAUGGCAUCAACUUUUGUACUUUUCUCCAUGUUAAAAGUUUUGCAUUUAUCUUGAUUUGUGACAGACAAUAACUUGAUGUAUGGUAACAUCUGUGAAUGUUCAUCACAAUGUAUGUGUGGCUGAACAGAGCUGGAUGUUUACAUUCUUAUCUCAAUGAACCAAAACAGUUUUAAGCCAUGCCUACUUCCUAUCUCACUCGCAGUACUUUUCUGCAAAUAACCCAGACUAUUCAGGCAACUAUGUUUACAGAUUAGACUAAAGUCAAUGACAGUAUAUUCUGGCACCAUUUUCUGGGCUUCACACACAAUGAAUAUCAUAUAUUUUGUCAGUUAUUAUUUCAAAAGCACUUUUCCUUUUCUUUUUCCUUCAAGCCAAGGUGAAAUUAUUGGAAAAGAUGCUUAGUGGAGGCUGGGGUGGGCUAUAAAGAUAGAAAUGUUUCCAUUUAAGACAAACUUGUUCAGUAACGUUGAUGUUCUAAAUUUGUC